AUGGCCACCUUCUCCUCCGCCUCCUCGUCCUCGGCACCCUCUCGAGGAGCCAACCAUGCAGCCCCAGCCAAGCAGCAACCACCCGGAACAUUCCUCCCCAACACUAAGGUCCAAGUAGGCAGUCAAAGGGUAGUAAUCGAAAAGUACCUCUCCGAAGGCGGCUUCGCCCACGUCUACGUCGUCCGGGUACCACGAGACAACAACCGCCAUGAGCUCGCAGUGCUCAAACGGGUCGCUGUACCCGACAAGGACAACCUGGCCAGCAUGCGGACGGAAGUGGAGACGAUGAAGAAGUUGAAGGGGCAUAAGCAGGUGGUGUCGUACAUGGAUAGUCAUGCCAGUCAGUUGAAGGGAGGAGGCUACGAGGUCUUCUUACUCAUGGAGUACUGCUCCGGAGGAGGGUUGAUCGAUUUCAUGAACACGCGAUUACAGCAUCGAUUGACAGAGCCGGAGAUCUUGAAGAUCUUUGGGGAUGUGGCGGAGGGAGUGGCUUGUAUGCAUUAUUUGAAACCACCGCUCUUGCAUCGGGAUCUGAAGGUGGAGAAUGUGCUCAUCACGAAGAGUAGCUCCGGGAAGCCUUUAUACAAGCUGUGUGAUUUCGGCAGUGCCGCUGUGCCUCGACCGGCGGCCAAGACGACGGAGGAGGGAAGGUUGAUUGAGGAGGAUGUUCAGAAGCACACGACCAUGCAAUACCGAAGUCCGGAAAUGAUCGAUGUCUGGCGAAAGCAACCUAUAGACGAGAAGGCAGAUAUCUGGGCUCUUGGUGUACUGCUGUACAAGCUAUGCUAUUACACCACUCCUUUCGAGGACGUAGGGCAGAUGGCUAUCCUCAAUGCCAGCUACAAAUACCCGAGCUAUCCUUCCUUCUCGGAACGACUGAAGAAGUUCAUCGGCUGGAUGCUGAAGGAGGACCCGAAGCACCGUCCUAAUAUCUACCAGGUCAUCAAGGAGUCGGAGGCACGGCGAAAUCAGGCACUGCCCACCCCUGCUUCACCAUCAGCCUCACCAGCUAUUGGUCUGCAGAAGACCGCACCGCAGGUUCGGGUACAGAGUAUCCCAGACAUUGCGCCCAUGCGCCGAGGACGCCCUACUGCCCCGGCUCAGCAAGCUCCCGUUGGUGCCAAGCCGGCUCCAUCGCCUGCACGUGGCGACCCAUUUGCUGCUCUAGACUCAAAGAACUACGAUGUGCGCGCUGGUGCGGUGGAUGAGUUGUCGAAGCGCUUCCCGUCACUGGAUGACUUUUCCAUCACGCAGGAUCCGAGCAGCAAAUUCCCUUUCUCGCCCGAUUCGACGAAAGCAGCGCCAAAGGGUGAGAUCAACCAGCGUGUCAGCGAGGCGCUUGCCGACGAAGUGUUUGCGCAGCAACAGCCAAAAGCUGAUGUAACCCGGACCCAAAGCACUAGUCAGGCACAAUCAUCACGAAAGCCUCAGAUAGCUACAGCGUCGAAUGUUGCGGCUCUUAAAACCAGACAGGCGGGCCAGCAAUCCCCACUUAUACAUCAGCCUACGCCUGUUCGUGCGGCUAUGCCAUACAAGUCCACUGGUGUCGGAUCUUCACCUCCUCCAACGAAGGCAUACAAACCCGCUGAUCUGAAGAAUCGGCCGAUAUGGCGCGUGCCUGAUCACUACCGAUCUGCCAGCCAACCAAGAGCAUCCGAUGCCGCAGAGCAGGCUGCGGCGACUCUACGGCCAAGUCUGCCACCAGCACAACGUCCUGCGAUGCUUGAUAUCCAUCGCUCGAAAUCACAGACGAAUACGGCGUUAGCUACCGACGUGAAACCGCCUACUUCCUCACGGCCGUCGCUCGAAGGGCAUCGACCAUCUCACCUCGAGCUCGAUGAUCAAGGCCCAGGUCGUGCGCGGUCAGCACAAAUGCGACAGAGGCCAUCCAGCGCGUACGUAAGCUCGAACUUGGACUUCCUCCGAGAUCAGGAGAGUUCCCGCAAGCGACCCUCGAUGGAUGAGAGGCGGCAUAGUCGGCAGUCUUCACAACAAGGUAGGGAGAGACACGAUACAAGUGACGAAGCACCGAUCGCAGAUGACAUGGAUUUCUUGCGCAAUACCGAGGGAAACGACGAUAACCGGAGGAAGUCCGGACGCAAAAGCUCAAGCCAUGGGAGGAAUAGGUCGAGUCUGCCUGGGUUACAAGGUGCAAAGCAAUUGUUCGGUGGCAAGAUCAGUGAUGCGUUCAAGAGGUUCGAGCACGGAAACGGUGAUGAAAAGGAGGAGGCGAUUGAUGACAGGCCAACAACACCAUCUGCUGCACAUGAUGGCUAUAACGGCGAGCAGUCCGGACAGCACCUAUCACCCGUACCAGGCUCCGAAGCCACGCCGACCAAAUACUCUGAUGGUGACGAAUCAGCAAUAGACGAGACACAGGAUCUACCCCCGGAUGUCAAGCGGGAGCUAGAACGGCGAAGACUAAGUCAAGAAGAGAUGCGAGUCGCGCAAGCAGCAGCGGAUUACCGAGCCCGUGUCGAUGCGCAAGGGACGGGCGGCACGGCACCUAGUAGAGCCAGCACGAUACAGAAGCGUGUACAGAGCUUGCUGGACGAGGGGCGGCAGUCACCUGUGCCGAGAAAGACGGCGGAGGGAUAUGGAAAGUACACCGAGACCUCGUCGAGCGUUGAAGGGGAUGCUGCUACGGGACAGCUGCUUGGUCGUUCGGAGACUCUAUCUGCGAGGACGAUGCCGCCGCCUAUCGCACGAAAACCUGCGCCACCAACGGCUUCUUCAGAUCUCUCGCGUAAUCCAUACCCGAAGACUAGACAACAACAACAACAACAGCAGCAGCAACCCACCGAACCAACCUUCCCACCUACCGAGCUCUCACGUAACCCCUACCCCGUUUCAAGAGCUACACCCACAAACUCGCCAACGGCACCAAACAUACCCGGUCCCUCUGCCUCCGCACCACCAACACCUCAACCACAACAAACGCCAACCGUGUACCCCCAACGUACCGUUUCACGCCCCUCCGUCCCUCCAAAAGCUCAAGCGCUACGCACAGGAGGUUCAUCCCGGCAAUGGCCCCCGGCAUCCCAGCAAUCGCAGAUACAGGCGCAAGCUCCACCGAACCAGGACAAACCACUCCCCUCCAAGCCGACCGGAGGUCUAGCAGCACUCCUAGCGAAGGACCUGGAAGGCGUGCCGGAUUACCCUCCUAAUGGUUCGUCUGCCUCGGAAUCUCGACGGGAAGUUCCACGAAAAGAGGAUAUGCGGUCCUUUGGUGGUGGUAGCGACGCUGGUGGUCGUGAGACCACUGGUGGAGAAGAAGACUUCGAGGCAGACUUUAGUAAGCGGUAUCCGAGUCUAGCUGGUAUUGAGAUGGUGGAGACGGAUGUCGGGCAAUCUCAACAUAGUAGUGAUACUGGUGGGAGAGCCAUGCGGGUGAAGGAGGUCUAG